CUCGGCCAACCACAGCCACAUGAUGGCUCUGCUGCAGCAGCUUCUCUACAGCGAGUCUCUGUCUCUAUCCUGGCGGGACAUCAUCGUGCCCGUCGUGCGGCAGGUGGUGCAGACGGUGAGACCCGACGUCCGCAACUGUGACGACGACAUGGACAUCCGCCAGCUCGUCCACAUCAAGAAGGACGAGGACGAGGACGUGGAGUCGGCGCCGGACUGCAAGCAGCAGCUUCAGCAGACUGACUCGGAAACAUCUCUCCUCCAGUUCCUCAAAAGUUUCCCUCGUAUCGCCCUGCGGACACUGCGCAGCCCCAUCUACCUGCUGGUGGUUCUGGCUCAGGUGAACCUGGCGGCGCUGCUGGCCGGCCUCGCCACCUUCAUGUCCAAAUUCAUCGAGAGACAGUUCACUCAGACCGUCUCCUUCUCCGUCAUGAUGAUAGGAGGAGUUUGCAUCCCGCUGGCGGUGCUGGGGACCGUGCUCGGCGGCGUCCUGAUGCGGAGGUUGAGUCUCUCGGUGGGCGGAGCCAGUAAACUCUGCACCGCGGCCAUCUUCCUCUGCAUCCUGUCCUCCGCACCGCUGCUCUUCAUUGGCUGCUCAACUCAGAAUGUCGCCGAGGUCUUUCCUCAAGGGUAGCUGCCUAUUUUACCAACUAAAUGGACCUGG